AUGUAUAAAAAAGCAAACAAAAAUUUAGAGAUAACAAAUUAAGAGUAUACUUAACAAAAUUGUAUGCUAAAAAAAUCUCUAAAUGAAAAAAAAAAAAAUGCUUGCUUUUUACUCUAUUUGGUUAUGAUAAAAAACAAAUUCAUAAUCAAAAAAAGUAUUCUCAUUUAAUACGAUGAAAGAACUAAUCAGUAACUUAGCUUAUUUGAAAGAUAAACUAAAUUACCGAAAAAUAAAUACAUUAUGAGAUAAUCUAAAAAAUAAUCUCUAAAUGUAAAAAAAAUAUUCUGUUAAGCAUAAUAAAAGUAAAUAAUAAUAAUCAUCUUACUCAUCAGAACAGAUAUUUAUUUAUUGAAAAAACUUUAAAAACUUAACAAAUAUUAAGAAGAAGAAAAUUGGACUUUGAAUUAAAAAAAAGAAGAGUCUACAUACAUAAAUUAAAAACUUUAAAAAGAAGAAAACUGUAUUGUUGAUAAAAAGACAAUAAAAGAUCAACUGAUUAAAGAAUUUCUUUGA